AUGACUAUUGCUGCAUAUGCGUAUGAAACAAAUGAAGCAAGAAGAGCACAUGAACUAGUAAACGAAAACUCAACUUUAACCAUUGAAGGCAAUGAUUUAGUCAUUGACGAUGGAAAAACUAAAAAAGUCAUUGAUUUCGAUACUUUUAACACUUAUGACCCAUUCAUUACAACAAGCAAGGUUCCCAUCAUAAAUGAUGGAACGGUGCAAUAUAUAAAUUCAACAGUAGAUGCCUCAUUAGUGAAAGUACUGAAUGUUCUCAUUGAAUUGUUAAAGAGCUUUCGAUUUGACGACAACAUUAAAUGCCUAAAGAAUUUAGUCAUGAAUGAGAAACAAAUUCUCGGCGUUGCUGGUAGCAGUAAUGAUGUACACCUUAUGACAUUAGAAUAUUAUAACGAAUACAAGGAAUACAAGGACCACAAGGAAUACAAGGAAUACAAGGACCUCAAGGCGAAAACGGUUUGGAUGGUGAAGAUGGAAAGGAUGGAAAAACUGCUAAAUCAUGGAUAUGGAACCUUAUAA